GUAUAACGAGAAAAGAUGUUGAGAUUCUUGGUUCUUCUUUCCCUGGCCGCCUGCGCCUUGUCCGCUGCCGUGCCCGAGGGUCUGCUGCCUCAGUUGGAUGGUCGCAUUGUUGGUGGCUACGAGACGAGCAUCGAUGAUCAUCCCUACCAGGUGUCGCUGCAGCGUAGCGGAUCCCACUUCUGCGGUGGAUCCAUCUACUCCCACAAUAUUGUGGUCACUGCCGCUCACUGUCUGCAGAAGGUAACCGCUUCCCAGAUCAAGGUACGUGUCGGUACCACUAACUGGCGCUCCGGCGGCAGCUUGCACUCCGUCAGUGCGUUCAAGAACCACGAGGGCUACAAUGCCAGGACCAUGAUCAACGAUAUUGCCAUCAUUCGCAUCGAAUCUUCGCUGAGCUUCCGUUCGACCGUCCGUGCUAUUGGCAUGGCUGUGUCCAAUCCCAAGAAUGGCGCUGAAGCUGUCGUCUCUGGCUGGGGCACUACCGCAUCUGGAAGCAGCAAAAUUCCCGACCAUCUCCUGGCUGUCAAUUUAAAGAUCGUCGAGCGGAAAGAGUGCGCCUCCAAGGAAUACAGCUAUGGCAACAAGAUCACGGACACCAUGAUCUGCGCCUACGCUCCUCACAAGGAUGCUUGCCAGGGUGAUUCCGGUGGCCCAUUGGUCUCCGGCGGCCAUCUCGUUGGUGUUGUCUCCUGGGGUCAUGGCUGCGCCGACCUCAGAUACCCCGGUGUCUACGCCGAUGUCGCUCACUUCCACUCUUGGAUCGAGAAGACCGCUCAUGAGACUCACUUUCCGGUUACGUUUGACAUGUUCAAGUUUGUGAUUUUGCUGUCUGUUGUUGCCUGCGCCUUUGGUGCUGCAGUUCCCGAGGGACUUCUUCCCCAGUUGGACGGACGCAUCGUUGGAGGCGUUGCCACCACUAUUGGUAGCUUCCCCUGGCAAAUCUCCCUUCAGCGUAAUGGCGGUCACUCCUGCGGUGGAUCCAUCUACUCUGCCAGAAUCAUCGUGACUGCUGCCCAUUGCCUGCAAUCCGUUUCCGCAUCCUCUCUGCAGAUUCGCGCUGGAUCCAGCUACUGGAACUCUGGUGGUGUUGUCAUCAAGGUCGCUGCCUUCAGGAACCACGAGGGCUACAAUCCCAACACCAUGGUCAAUGAUAUUGCCGUCAUUCGUCUGAGCGGUAACCUGGCAAUGAGCUCCACCAUCAAGGCUAUCGGUCUGGCCACUUAUGCUCCCGCCAACGGCGCUGCUGCCUCCGUCUCUGGAUGGGGUACUCAGUCCUCUGGCUCCAGCUCCAUCCCCACCCAGCUGCAGUACGUCAACCUGAAAAUUGUUAGCCAAGCCCAGUGUGCCUCCUCCACAUAUGGAUAUGGUAGCCAGAUCAGGAACACCAUGAUCUGCGCUGCUGCUUCCGGCAAGGAUGCUUGCCAGGGUGAUUCCGGUGGCCCAUUGGUGUCUGGUGGUACCCUCGCUGGUGUCGUCUCUUGGGGAUAUGGCUGUGCCUACUCCAACUAUCCAGGUGUCUACGCCGAUGUGGCUGUCCUCCGAUCCUGGGUGGUCAACGCUGCCAACUCGAUCUAAACUUAUCUAAAAAGUUUAUAUAAUAUCCAAAAUAAAUCAAUUAGCUUGCAAA